GCAACACACCCCUCCUCCAGCCCAAGCACCGCCCGCCGCCAUAUAAACCAAAACCCUAAAACCCACCUCCUCCUCUCUUUUCCCCUCCCUGUCCCCGGUCCGAGGAGCGACCUCCGCCGCCGCCGCCAUGCCGAAGCACUACCGCCCUGCGGGCAAGAAGAAGGAGGGGAAUGCCGCGAAGUACAUCACGAGGACCAAGGCGGUCAACUACCUGCAAGUCAGCCUUGCAAUCUUCAGGAAGCUAUGCAUUCUCAAGGGCGUUUUUCCUCGUCAACCGAAGAAGAAGGUGGAAGGAAACCACAAGACAUACUACCACAUGAAGGAUAUUGCCUUUAUUGCUCAUGACCCUUUGAUCGAGAAGUUCAGGCAAAUCAAGGUUCACAGAAAGAAGGUUAAGAAGGCUAUUGCUAAGAAAAACAGGGAUCUUGCGGACAGACUAUUGAAUCGACCACCAACUUACAAGCUUGAUAAGCUGGUCCUUGAAAGAUAUCCUACAUUUGUUGAUGCUCUUCGAGAUUUGGAUGACUGCCUUACAAUGGUUCAUCUGUUUGCGGCAUUACCUGCUGUUGAUGGUGAACGUGUUGAAGUAAAACGGAUCCAUAACUGCCGCAGGUUAAGCCAUGAAUGGCAAGCAUACAUAUCCAGAACUCAUUCCCUGAGGAAGACAUUUAUUUCUGUGAAGGGCAUAUAUUACCAGGCUGAAGUUCAAGGACAAAAAAUCACUUGGUUAACUCCUCAUGCUCUUCAGCAAGUAUUAACUGAUGAUGUUGACUUCAAUGUGAUGCUUAGUUUUUUGGAAUUCUACGAGACUCUUCUUGGAUUUGUAAACUUCAAGCUGUACCAUUCAAUUAAUGUAAAUUAUCCCCCGAUUCUGGAUCCUCGCUUGGAAGCUUUAGCUGCCGAGCUUUAUGCACUGUGCCGAUACAUGGCUACUGGUUCUGGGAGAGUGAUUGGAAAUUCAGAAUCUGGUGGAGCAAUCAAGGAAAAAGAGGAUGAAAACAACAAAGCAAGCUCAAAAGCUGAUGAGUCUGAACUCAGAUUGGCACAGCUUCAACAUCAGCUCCCAGCUAAUGAACCUGGUGCACUAAUGCAUCUUGUAGAAGAAUCGACUGCUGUUGACACAGAUGACGAUGAGACCAAAGAAUGUAAAAGUUUAUUUAAGAACUUAAAAUUCUACUUGAGUCGGGAGGUGCCUAGGGAGUCCCUUUUAUUUAUUAUCCCGGCAUUUGGAGGAACUGUUUCCUGGGAAGGAGAAGGAGCUCCAUUCAACGAAGUAGAUGAAGACAUCACUCAUCAGAUUGUCGAUAGGCCAACGCAAAGCCAUGUUUUCCUCUCUAGGGAGUAUGUCCAACCACAGUGGGUAUUUGAUUGUGUAAAUGCUCGCAUCAUAUUGCCGACAGAAGGGUAUCUUGUUGGAAGAGUACCUCCACCACAUUUGUCUCCUUUUGUGGACAACGACGCAGAGGGUUACGUUCCUGAGUAUGCAGAGACAAUAAAGAGGCUGCAAGCUGCUGCUCGCAAUGAGAUCUUGCCUCUGCCAGGUGAUGAAGAUCUGGACAAUUCGUUGGUAGCAGCAAUGAUGGAUCGAACAGAGUCAAACGAAGCUGCUGAAAAGAAGAAGAAGCUUGAGAUGCUAGAGAAGCAAUACCAUGACGAGCUGAAGAUGGAAAUAGAUGGUGUUACUUUCUCUAACCUGUCAAAUAAGAAAGCAGACAAGUCACCAGACACCAUGGACAAGGAUGAUACAAAGUCAUAUCACGAGGAGGAUGAGAAGAACCAAGCCGAGAAGGAUAGUGCUGACAUUUCUACAGCUCUCAUGUCUCGAAAGAAGUUAGGCCUUUAUAAGGCGAUUGAGAUUGGCAAGGAAAGGAAACGCGACAAAGUUGAGCUACUGAAGAAGAGAAAAAAAAAUGCCGAGUCUAGCGCCUCUGCUAAGCGACGCUGAGUCUCCAAGUUCAUCAGCGCGGCAUGUAUCUGCUUGGUGUAGCAUUUCUUGUAGUGGCGCUGCCAUGAUCAGCAUUGCGUGAUGCCUUUUGAUAGCUAUGUUGUUUUUCUAUGUUUGACUUAGAGAUAUCUAUGCUGUUCAAGAUGGGCUUUAACCAUGUGCACCAGGAUACUUGAAUACAACAAUUUUGAUAUAUUUUUACUUGGUGUCAUUAUUGUGAGAUGUGCCUGUCUUAUAUU